GAGAAAACCGCUUCAUGUAAACUUGUCCCUGUUCUCUGAAGGCUCCGUGGUUAAUGGCAUCACCAGGCGUCAGUCCCUCCUGCCGGCCACUCCCAGUUGGAGCUGGACAUUACAGACACGCCCUCCGCAGCGCCGUCCUGCCAGCAUUGUUUGUGACAAGGAUGACCCUGCCAGCAAGAGACCUAGGUUGCAAGCACAGAGGAAAUUUGCCCAGUCCCCUCCCAGCUCACCAGGACCACCAGCAUUGAUGACAUCAGCACGGAGCAACCACAGCCAGCAUCUGACUGCAGUCAACUGUCUGACCCGACGUCGGCCCAAGACUGAGGAUUUCUUGUCUUUUCUCUGUUUGAGAGGUUCAGCAGCGUUGCCAAGCAACAUGGCCUUCUUGGCAAGUGGACGAGAGAAGGUCACUCAGCAUCUUGCUUCCUGUCUUUCCACCAAUCACAGGACUGCAGUUGAUGAAAAGAAAACAAGCAUUUUCAACAAAACAACAGUUCAGCGUGACUCUCGACCUCUGAGAGGGAGGACAGCUGUCAGCUCCUUCUGCCCUCAAGCUGCCAGGGAGAGCAGGAGGGAGAGAGCGGAGGAACGGCAGAGGAGGAGGUGGAGGAGCAGGAGAGAGACGAAGGAGGACAGGAGAGGGGGAGCUGAGAGACACCUCCUGAGACCCCGCCAGCUCGCCCUACAGGUCAGGAGGACUAAAAAGGUCACCAUGGUGACUGGACACACCUCCUCCGUGAGGUCCGCCCCUCCCUUAAAGUCUAGCUCAGGGGUUGGCAGCAGACGAUCCGCGAGGCCUUGCACAAGGUCAAGCAAUACCUGUAAACCCAGAGGCAAUCCUCACAUCAGACCACAGGAAACCAGCAAAACACACCUCUCCCGACAUAGCAACCAGCAGCUGCCUCAAAAACAGCACCUUCCUCUCCAGCAACGAACAGUCUCAAAGCACUAUAGCAACCCUAAGACCAUCAACAGUCUCCACAACUCAGGAAAAAGCCCAAGCAGUGCUCCAGCUCAGAUACCACUGGCUAAUGGCUCAGUCCACACACAGGCCUGUGAGAAGCCUGGAGUCCUGAGGAUGUCAAGGAGGAGGAGAGGUCUUCCACCAGACCCCACCAGCCCCACUCCUCUUAAUCAGGUUGCUAUGGACAAGAACUCCUCAAAGAAAAGCAGAACACUGCAGUACAAGAACGGUGACAACUCACCGGAGAGUCAUUGCCAUAUUGGUGAGAUGCCACAGAAGGAAGCCAUUGGUGGUAAAUGUGUUAAAAAGGAGUAUGAGAGCCAUACAGGUAAAACCACUGGUAGCAGCGAUGAAGACCUGCGUCAAGACAGAAGUGGCCGUGUUGGAGAGAUGAGACGUGAGAAGGGUGCUUGUUUCAGUGAAGACCUGCAGGACAAGGUGAAUGUUACACAACUGAGUUUGGUGAGAGUUGCUGCUCUGGAGCCUGCUAAAGAGACGGUCAACUUUGCCAGCGUCAUCUCUCACUGCAGCCUCCGCCCCGUCAGUGAGGUCAUAUGUAGACAUGUGCGAGAAAAGCGGCUUCAGAGAAUUCAGCCGACUCCAUCCACAAUCCCCAAGCCCGUUACUAGGAAUACAGAUUCUAGGACUGUUGCCAGAGCUGCUACUCCAAGGACUACAGUAAGUAAAGCUGCUAUCAACUCAGUGACAUCCCCACACACUGACCAACCACGCACUUAUUCUGCCAAGCACGCUGCAAAGGCACCGAACAAAGGUACUAACACGGACGCUACCAAGUGCACUUCACCAGCCGGCAGUUACUCUAUCCAUGAGCUUACAGGUGCUGCAAAAAGCUCUUCCAGUGGUAGCGCAGAGGCCCUGCUUAAGGACAGUGCAACUGUCAGUAGCUCUUCCAGCACUUCCAAGGGCUCUACAAAGGGCCUUUCGCAGACCAAGUCUACUACCUCAGCUAUGAAGACCAGGACCAGCCCUAGAAUCCUUCUGAAACGCUAACACCUGAGUGACGUGUGGAAAUGUUCUCAGUCUAGUAUUUCCAUUAAAGACGAUUAGAAAACAGUUUUAAAAACAUAAUUGAAGGCUGUUGAUCAUGUGAUGCAGGGUGAUGGUUAUUGGCUGAUUGGAUAGUGACGAUGGUGGUUAUUAUGGCUUGUUCUCUAUAUCUGUCAUUGAUGGUAGAAUUCUUUUUAGGUUUAUACAAAUAUGAAGAGUUGGGGAAAAGAUAGUUGUAGAGUUGACUAUAGACGAGUUCUGGAAAUUGUACAUUAUUUUGGGAGCUUGGAUUCAGUAAUGGGGCCUUGCUUACUUCCGGUACUUCGCCGGAUUAAUCUCUAUGGUGACUGAUUUGUGAUGCUUCCCUGUUUUUGUCCGACAUAGUAGCUUGAUAUGUUUGUAUAUUAUAAUCACGAGGAAAAGCUUAAUGUGAAAGCACACGUGCGUCAGUCUGCUGAACUGAUUUGCUUUACAGAGAGCUGUCAUGCAUAUGGCUACAAGCCCUUUGUCCAGGUUAUUUCUUUGCAGUCGAGUUACAAUCUUAAGAAUCAACUUAUUUACUGACCUUUAUCUGAAACAGGAAUGUUCUCAAAGUUUCCUACGUCAAUUACAUAAAAAUCUGAAGACUUUCUCGCCUGAAAUCCUCAGGAGAAUCAAAGGAGACAUUAAACUUGUCUCAUAUACUCUGCCCUGCCAGGAAAAAGUCACACACUUGAAUAUCUUGUUAUUUCAAUCCACUGUGGCAUUAGUUUUUCAUGAUAUGUCGAUAUUUAUCUGUGUUCGGGAAUUAGCCAAAUAUUAGAGUAUGUGACCUUUUUUUUUUGGUGCACUGGGCAGUGUUUAUAUAACUAGCUAGGGUUUUAGUUGCAGUAAUAUUUAACGUCCUAAAUCGGUGAUGGUCCAGUGUACGUCAGACUGCCAAAGCCUUAAAUUAUCGUCAUUUAAACUCUGGAAUGUUUUUGUUAUGUUUUGUAUGGACUGAAGAGCAUGGAUGUUGUUUCCAUCGCAUUCGUUGAAUUCUAAUUUUCCUAACCUAUGAGAAUGAUUUAAGCAGGACACCCUGUUUUAAACCUUCAUGUGGACUAGCCAAUAUUUCUAAUAUUGCAACACACAAAUGCAGUGACAACUUCAAUCUGCAGAUAAACAGAUCUCUUGAGCCACUUGUGUGUCCGCAGCUUCACAGUCACCAGCCUCUGUAAAAUCAGCAGGACCUUUUUAAUCCACUGCUCUGUUUAAGGGACAAAACGAGUAAGUUUACGUGUGAAAUGUUAUAAGAACAACAAUGGUGACAGUUUUAUUGACUCCUUUUUAUUCAUUCACACUUCUCCUUCCACUGAAGUCUUUAACGUCCUUAUUGAGUGUAUGUGUUGACUUCAGAGGAAAUGGUGACCAUUAGGGUUGCAAAGGGGCAGAAACUUUCCAUUGGUACUUUUGUUCAGGAAUUUGGGAAAUAUACUUAAUAUUAGGAAACGUUCCAUGGGAUUCAUUAAUGAGAAUUAACUGGAAAUUCUGGAUACUUUAAAGAAACUGUCAUUCUGUUUUCACAGCUGUGAUGUCACUCGAGGGGGAAACAAGAUCUUUCAGGGCUUUUUAUGGACUAUAGGAAGUUUUUACCAGAAUGAAACUAAAAAAUAGCAAAUUAAAAGAUCUAUAAAUGCCUAUGUCAAUGUCUCGAGGUGUCCUGUGAACAGUUUUACAGGCGUUUCAUUUUUACUAUUGUGAUCUAUAGGAAAAUUGUUGUAUUUCUUUGUUACUGUAACAUAAGUGCAAACAUAGCUACAUGCCAGAGAGGGAGGUGCUCUAUCCAGUUCUUAUAAUACAUCCAUGGCAUGUGAUGGAGGAAUUGCAUUAAAUUGCCAACCUUCAACUUUAAAAAUAUCCAGUUUAUUCCUGUUAAUUCCUAUGGAAAGUUUCCAAUUUUGCAACCCUAGUGACCACACAUAUGAAUAAAUGUGGAACGCUUAUUUCACAGUCUGUGCAGAUUCAUACUUUUGUAGAUAAAAAAAAAAGAGCGUGUACGUUUUAUGUGGCAGCUUAACGACAGAUAUUUUACAAAUAAACACUUGCGGUUUGACCUUCACUGUUGAUGUGAUAAACGGCCAUGGAGCCUCCAGUAAAUGUGGACAUUCGCUGGAGUGUCGCGUGGCUCUUGGAUGAUAUCAGGUGCUAUAAGUUUUGCAUAUUGGCUUAUAUUUGGGUAGAAGAGUAGUGUGGCAGUAUUAAACUAAGAGCUACUCUGAAGAUUAAUAAAUAUUGCACAUUAUCCUCACAUGAAAGAAAAUGUGUGUAGGAUUUAAAAAAAAGUGACUGACGGCAGUGUACACUGCUGCCUUUGCUUUAUUUCAAAUAUACUUGCCAUGAAAAAAAUUAUUUAAAGUUGUUGGAAUCAUAAUUAAAUGAGUGACACAUGCAUUUGUAAAUGAGGUAUUUAUACACUGUUCAUAUAAUAUAUUGCAUUUGAUCCGUCUGAACCACGUGUUUAUUUAUGGCUGACACACGUUUUAAUAAAGUUACCAGUAAAGGCAUGAACUCAUUUGAUAUUAUGACCUGUGGAAAUAUAUCAACUGUGGUUUGCAAAGCAAGCACUCGAUACGACUCCCUUUUUAAGAGGUUGUUGUAUUUUGUAAUUAAAUAGGUAGGAGUUUAAUAGAUUUUAAAAAAGGAUUAUAAAGUGAACGUUUUUGUACAUGUUUUACUGUGAAGCCUGAACGCUGACUCAUCAUGAGACUGUCUGACACCAAACAGCAGCUGUGUCAUUACAAAACUUUCCAUUUGAACAUGAAGACCUUCCCUUUUUUUAGUGUGAUUUUAAGUCAUUUCCUUUCUUUGGAAAUAGUCAGUACAUGUCUCAAUUUCAAAUAUUUAAUGCUUCCUGCUAUGCAAAGUAGCCAUUGUGUACUCGUCAGUGACACUUAGAGAAAGUAUGAUCAGGGGACAGUUGGACAAUCUGGCUUCCUGAUACAGGAGUCGCACUGGAUAUGACCUGUCUUUACUCGUUGAGGUAAAUAGUGGAUUAGAAAUUAGAUUUAUUGCAGUUUACUGUGAACAUUCAGCUCUCCACACUCGUGUUUCUCGUGGACACUGACCUUGUGUGAGAAAAAUUGGUCCUAACAUGAAUGAAUGAAUGCCUUUUAUUCCUGACCUUAUUAAAGCGUGUGAUAGCCUCUCAUAGCUAGUUUAUAAAACUGAAAGUGUUGCUGAGCACUCCGUCAACCCCAGGUGAACAUAACGUAACACAUGGGAAAGUAUUUGAAAAGGAAAUUCUAAGAACAAUGUGUAAAUGUGAAGCAUUUGAAUGAGAAUUUGUAAUAAAGUUUCUUUGUGCAUA